AUUAGCUUAGUCAAAUAUAUCUGCCACUCUCUCAUUGAUUACAUCACUCGCGUGAGAGUAGAAAGGUCAAUUAUGACAACCAGAGUGACAUUCACUGGAGGGCAUUUGAAGAGUUGACCAGCCUCACCGUAACCAUGACCUUCAACGGCACCUGGAAAGUUGACCGCAAUGAGAACUAUGAGAAAUUCAUGGAGCAGAUGGGAAUUAACAUGGUGAAGAGGAAGCUGGCUGCUCACGACAACCUCAAGAUAAUCGUCGAACAAACUGGGGACAAGUUUCAUGUCAAGGAGAGCAGUGCUUUCCGCACACUGGAAAUAGACUUCACCCUGGGAGUCACCUUUGAGUACAGCCUUGCAGACGGCACAGAGCUAACAGGUUCAUGGAAGAUGGAGGGAGACAUGCUGAAAGGACUUUUCACCAGAAAGGACAAUGGAAAGCAACUGACAACCACCAGGGUCAUCCAAGGAGACGAACUUAUCCAGAGUUACAACUACGACGGUGUGGAUGCCAAGAGGAUUUUCAAGAGGGGUUAGAGCAAAGUGGUGCACAAAUCUACACUUUCAGGGAUGUGUCACUUCAUCAUUACAUACAGUAUUGUACUGAAUUAUUCAUUAGUUGGCUAGUUAUGAUGCAGACAAAUUUGUAAUGCCUAUAUAUGAAAAUGUUUUGAUUAGUGUUUGGUUUUGAUACCUGCAGAAAUAAAGCCAUUUCAUAAC